ACUUUUGUAGUGAGAGCACAGUCUUUGUCACUGGGUGUCUGAGCGACUUCAGUGACACCGCCAGGAGAGGUCUGUACUGGUCCCAAUGGCACACAUCCUACAUGUGGCAUCUCUCUUUCUCCUUCUGACUAAGCUCAGCCUUGGCCAGAGAGAAGUAAUGGUCCAGAAAGGGCCGCUGUUUCGGGCUGAAGGCUACCCUGUCAGCAUCGGCUGCAAUGUAACUGGCCACCAAGGACCUUCAGAGCAGCAUUUCCGGUGGUCUGUUUACCUGCCGACAGCCCCGACCCAAGAAAUCCAGAUCAUCAGCACCGAAGGUGCCACCUUCACUUAUGCGCGGUACGCGCAGCGGGUACAAAACAAGGGAAUCUACGUGAAGAGGGUCCGGGGCAAUUCAGCCCUGCUGCACAUCUCAAAGGUCCAGCUGAAGGAUUCUGGCGAGUAUGAGUGUCACACACCGAACACAGAUGGAAAAUACUAUGGCACUUACAGUGCGAAGACUAGACUCAUUGUUAUUCCAGACACCCUCUCUGCCACCAUGAGUUCCCAGACUCUCCUUAAGGAGGAAGGCGAAUCAUUAGAACUUACCUGUGAAGCAUCCAAAGCAACAACUCAGCACACCCAUCUCUCUGUCACCUGGUACCUCAUCCAGGAUGGAGAAGGAAGCCAAGCUACCGAGAUUAUCUCCCUCUCCAAAGAUUUCGUGUUGAUCCCUGGGCCCUCAUUUACCAAGAGGUUUACAGCUGGUGAGGUGCAGCUCCACAAGCUCGGGGUCACUACCUUCCGGCUGGCCAUGGGGAGCCUCCAGCCCUCCGAUCAAGGCCAGCUGUUCUGCGAGGCAACCGAAUGGAUUCAGGACCCCGAUGAAACCUGGACUUUAAUCACGAGAAAGCAGACGGAUCAAACAACUCUAAGGAUCCAACCAGCAGUGCGAGAUUUUCAAGUCAACAUUACCGCCCAGGGCCCGGUUACCGCAGGGAACUCCGUGGAACUGGUUUGCCGGGUCAUAGGAAGCGGCAGGGACCCACAGCUUCGGGGCGUUUGGCUCUUCAAUGGUAACGAGAUGGCCCACAUCGAUGCCGGUGGUGUUCUGGACCUGAAGAGAGACUACAGAGAGAGGGCCAGUCAAGGACAGCUCCAGGUUUCAAAGUUAAACCCCAAGGCUUUCUCUCUCAAAAUCUUCUCUGUGGGACCCGAGGAUGAAGGCACCUACAGAUGUGCCAUGGAAGAGGUGGUGAGAACCCGGAUGGGCCCCUGGCAGGUGCUUCAGAGAAAGGAGUCACUGGACAGCCGCGUGCAUCUGAGGAAGCCAGCAGCAAGAAAUGUGGCCUUAUCUACCAAGAGCAAGCAGCAAGCAGUGUGGGAAGGAGAGGCAUUAACCCUUCUCUGCAAGGCAGACGGAGCCAAAGGUCCCCUGUCUGUGGAAUGGUGGCACAUCCCAUGGGGCCAGAUGCAGCCAGAGUUGGUGGCCAGCAUGGGGCAGGAUGGUACUGGGCAGCUAGGUGCCUCCUAUAAGGAACUCAAUAACCACGGCAACAUAAGGCUGGAGAAAAUGGACUGGGCCACUUUUCAACUAGAGAUCAACCCCACUGCCAUUAUGGACAGUGGGACCUACGAGUGCAGAGUGUCUGAGAGCCCCCAGAACCGGGCCAGAGAUCGGAGCUGGGCUCAGAAGUUGACAGUCACUGUCAAGUCUCUGGAGUCGAGCUUACAGGUUAAGCUGAUGACCCGUCAUCCCCAAGUGACAUUAACCAACACCUUCAGCCUGUCCUGCAUAGUGGAGGCUGACUUCUCCCACCUCACAGUGCCACUCACCGUGACGUGGCAAUUCCAGCCAGUAAGAUCUCAGGUCUUUCAUCUGCUUGUUCGAAUCGCCCGUAACGGCACUAUUGAAUGGGGGGACUUCCUCUCUCAGUUCCAAAAAAAGACAAAGGUUUCACAGUCCUCGUUUUAUUCUCAACUCCUAAUCCACGAUGCCACUGAGGAAGAAGCAGGAGUUUACCAGUGUCAAGUAGAAGUUUACGCCAGAAGUUACCCGGACGUGAGUGGCCCCGCGAGGGCUUCCGCCACCUCUCACCCGCUGAUGAUAGUCAUCACUUUGCCAGAGAGCAAGCUAAGGGUGAACUCAAGCAGUCAAGUCCAAGAGAUCUUCAUCAAUUCCAACACCAACAUAGAAUGUAGCAUCUUGUCCCAGUCCACUGGAGACCUCCACUUAGCCGUUACUUGGUACUUCUCUCCCAUUUCAACGAAUGCAACCUGGCUGACCGUCCUCGAGAUGGACCACACCAAUGUUGUAAAAUACGGGGAUGAAUUUCACACCCCACGGAGAAAACAAAAAUUCCACCUGGAGAAGGUUUCCCAAGACUUGUUUCAGCUGCAUGUUUUGAAUGUGGAAGACAGUGAUCAGGGCAAGUACCUCUGCUCCGUGGAGGAACGGCUCUUGUCGACGAGCGGCACUUGGCACAAGCUUGGGGAAAAGAAGUCAGGUCUGACAGAAUUGAAACUCAGGGCCACAGGAAGCAAGGUACGUGCCUCCGAAGUGUACUGGACAGAGAAUGCUACCGAGCACACAGAGGCGGCCAUUCACUGCAGUGUAGAGAGUUCUGGUAGCCCGGCUUCUCUGCUCUCUGUGAUGUGGUUCCGCAACAGGGAACAUUCGGGAAGGAACAUGCUGCUACAUCUUCGGCACAAUGGCUUGCUGGAGUACGGUGACGAGGGGCUCAGGGAGCAUGUGUACUGUUACCGCGCGUCCCCUACAGACUUUGUCCUGAAGCUUCACCGAGUAGAGAUGGAAGAUUCUGGAAUGUACUGGUGCAAGGUGACAGAGUGGCAGCCACAUGGAAGCCAGGGCAUGUGGGUCAGCCAAGCAUCAGAUGAGUCACAGCAUGUGGUGUUCACAGUGCUGCCUUCAGAGCCCACAUUUCCCUCCAGGAUCUGCUCAUCAACACCUUUACUCUAUUUCCUCUUCACCUAUCCCUGCAUUCUGUUUAUUCUCCUGCUCAUUUCCCUCUUCAGCUUGUACCACAAAGCCAGGGAGUUGUCGGCACUGAGGCUAAAUGUGCAGAAAGAAAAGGCUCUCUGGGUGGACUUGAAAGGAACUGGAGACUGGAGAGCCACGUGGAAGGAAGAGGAAGACAACUGAAUCCCGAGAGCCACCUGCAGCCCUGUGGAAUUGGACUGAGCAUCAUGUGAAUGAAUCCUCAUUGGGUC